AACACAUCCCGCAUGAGCCGCCUCCACCUCCGCCCCCGCUCGUCGGCGGCGGCGCCGCCGCUGGACGACGACGACCUGCUCCCCGAGAUCCUCCUCCGCCUACCCCCGCAGGCCGCAGCCGUCCUCCCUCCCCCGCGCCUCCGCCGUCUGCAGGUUCUGGCGCAGCCUCGCCUCCGACCCCGGCUUCUCCGGUCGCUUCCGCGCUCACCACCGCCGCAACCCUCCUCUCCUCGGCUGCUUCGUCAAGGAUUUUCACCACGUCCGCUUCCAGCCUACCCUGGAGGCCCCCGAUAGCAUCUCGCAAGCCCGCUUCUCCUUCCCGAUCGCCGCCGGCAACCGCUUCCUGCCCCUCGGAUGCCGCCAUGGCCUCGUACUCAUCUUCGACCGCCCUGUGGGUAAGCAGCCGCAACUCCUGGUGUGGGAUCCCGUAACCGGCGACCAACACCACCUAGACAUCCCCGCUGGGUUCGACAUGGGGAAAGCCUCAAUCGGCGCAGCUGUGUUUCGUGCUCCCGGAGACGACAUCUGUCAUUUCCAGGUGGUCUUGGUAGGCAACAGCGACAUUCAAAGCACACAAGCGGUCGCCUCUGUUUACUCGUCGGUGACCGGCCUAUGGGGGAAUCUCGUCUCAACAGCGCUGCCGUCCAAGGAUUCUGGUUUUCCCACCAUGAUUUACAUGGGCAUGCCUGCUGUGAUGGUUGGUGCUUCCUUUUAUUGGUUGCUUAUUAAUGGGGAUUCACAAGGAAUCCUUGAAUUUGAUUUGGAUAGGCGGAGCCUAUCUUGCAUACCCAUGCCAGUGGAAGACACUGAUGGUAUGGGCCAUGGCAAUAUUUGGGUUAUGCCGGCAGAGGGUGGCGGCCUUGGUUUCCUCUUCCUGAAAUGCUUUUGCGCCCAAUUAUGGAAGAUGAAGACCGAUUGCAAGGGUGUUUCUUCAUGGGUGCUGGGAAUAAGUAUUGAUCUCGACGAGUUACUUUCCUUGAAUUCAGAGAUGGACCCAUGGAUAGUAGGGUUUGCCGAGGACAAUAAUGUGGUGUUACUGUGGACAUCUGUCGGUGUCUUCACUGUCCAGUUUGAAUCAUUGCAGUUCAAGAAACUUUUUGAAUCUACAUAUGGCUGGUAUCACUAUUAUCCAUUCGAAGGUGUCUAUACUGCAGACACAGGCAUUGGUGGUGGAAACGAUGAAGCUAAACUUUUGCUCAAUACAUGAUAUGAUUUAUCCGGAUAGACAUGUGGACGUGAUGAUUGAGCAGGUAUUUGGCAAUAUUGGUUCUUGGGCUGCCCAAUUGAUCACUGAAGCUGGUGGCGAGGUGGUCUCCAUCAGAGAUGUCACAGGGGCUGUCAAGAACUCCAAUGGCAUUGACAUAGCCAAGCUGAUGAAGCACUCGGCAGAGAACCGCGGGAUCAAGGGCUUUGACGGAGGCGACGCCGUCGACCCGACCUUGCUGCUCACGGAAGAGUGCGACGUGCUCAUCCCGGCAGCUCUGGGAGGAGUCAUAAACAAGGACAAUGCUGAUGCCAUCAAAGCAAAGUACAUCAUCGAGGCUGUUAACCACCCAACAGACCCCGAGGCCACGAGAUUCGGGCAAAGAAGGGCGUGCUGAUCCUACCGGACAUCAUGGCCAACUCCGGCGGAGUGAUGGUGAGCUGCUUCGAGUGGGUGCAGAACAUACAGGGGUUCAUGUGGGACGAGCAGAAGGAGAGGCUGGCAUUUGACAAUAUGGUUCUGUGUGUGCAUUGACUGCUGGUGCUGCAGCCUGAAAUUUUUCUUGUGGAGUGGACUGAAGUAAUCCAUCAAACUAGCUGCAUUAUUGAUUCUGUUCUUUUUGCUGGCGAGGCGUUCUAACCGUGAUGCGAAUAGGUGGAUGAAGAGGAAGCAGUGCCGUCGUAUCGCACAGGCCAGGUGGGUGGUGGCCGCUGGCUCCGAUCCCCUGGGUGGUUGGGUGUGGCUGGCGGCUCCAACCGCCCCGGUCAGGAGGGCGGCGUUGGCGUUCAAGCUGAAUGCAUGAAGUGUCCACGGAGAGAGUUUGACGCCAGCGACGAGCAUAGAGAGGCGGAUCACGAUGCUGUGGACGGAGCAAAAUUCAGAGAAAACCCAUAAGAUCUCAUGAUGGCUUCAUGCACAGAAACAAGCAGUGACGUCGUAUUCCGCAGGCCGGAUGGGCGGUCGCCGGCGGCUCCGUUCCCGUGGGUGAGGACGGCAGCUCCGUUACAGCCGGUGAACAGGGCGGCGGCGAUGGGACUGGCGUUGGAGGAGAAGGUCGCGUGUGAGAAGGCGGCUGGAAUGGAAUGUGAGUGGAGAAUCGAGUUGCAGCCGGCUAGGCCAGUUGGAUUGGAGGUUGUUGCAGAUAAUGGGGGAGGUGGGAGAGAAGUUUGGGAGGGCCGAUAGAUAUGCGCGUGGUGGGUUCAGCUCCUCUACAGUUCAGUUGUUACUGUAUGGGUGCUGUAGGCUCUACUAUCAACACCAAUUCUUUUGGCACGUCGUUUUUUUCUUCAGAAUCUGCCACGUCUGUUUCUGGCUUGCGCCCGGGCUUAGGCGAUCUCUUUGGCCAAACUAAUUGUGUGUUAA